AAUGCUAGUUGUUAUACUGUAUUUUUUAUCCACUUGACUCAGUUCUAUUUUUUCACCUGUGUCAUCAUAAUUCUAUUUGUAUAAUAGACCGACGACCUAUUUGACAAGGCUGACUGGGCCAAUAGCGCCAAUAAUGCUGCAUUCUGUGAGCUUUGUGUUGAGGAAAUUACAGCCGGUAACAGCAAUAAAGGACACUUGACUAAUAGGGCCUACAACAACAUAGCUGCGAAAUUUGAAGAGAGGACAGGACUGCGUCACUCCAAGCAGCAGUUCAAGAACCGAUGGGAUGCCCUUCGACGCAUGUAUGCCUUCUGGUUGUAUGCAAACAAACAGAGUGGACUUGGAUGGGGUAGGGGCACGGUCGUGGCAGAUGACGCUUGGUGGAAAAAGCACACAAAGAAUCAUGGCGAAUGGAGGAAGCUGCGAUAUGGGCCUCCAGAUAAUCUAGAUGAGCUUCAAGUGAUGUUUCAGAAUAUUGCGGUGGAUGGGUCAUCUUCUUGCAUACCUGGCGAACAGGUAAUUGAAAGUGAUGAAGGUGAUGAAGGUGAUGUUGGUGACAGGAGUCCUGAACGUACCCUUCCUAGAAAGCGGUGCAGGAGUACUAGCACUACUGCAACUAGCCCGAGGAAGAGGACAAAGAGUCCUAUGGUGAAGGUAAUGAAGGGGAUAUGGGAGACUAUGCAAGAAAAUUGUGCUGUUGCUCAGAAGGCAUUGCAGGGGGACUACAUUUUCGAAUCUGUACAACACUGUAUGCGUUUGGCGGUAGAGAGUGGGGCAGUUGAAGGAACUGAUGAGCAUUUUAUGGCUAGCAAAUUAUUUGUGAAAACAGAGCAUCGUGCCGUGUUUCUCAGUUUGACCACCAAAGAAGGAAGGCUAGCCUGGUUGAAGAGGUGGUGCCAGGAGAAGAAAAGCAAGUAGACAAUGAACUUGAAGGUCUCUUUUGUGAUGUGUGAUGGGCAGGAGAAGGAAAGACGUACACAGUGAACUUGUGGCAUGUAUAUAUGAUCUCUUUUGUGAUGUGCUGUCCAGAAGAAGAACAGCAAGUAGCUUGUGAAUUAUGGCAUGUAUAUAUGACAAACUCUUUUGUUAUGUGGGAUGUCUAUUUUGUUAAAGUCUGUGUUAUGGUUAUAUAUUAGUCAUCACCUUUUAUUUGAGA